AUGCAGAAGUUUUUGAGGAGUGAUAUUGCCGAGCUUUUGAGAAAUGAUCUAUAUUUUGAAGCAUAUAAAAGGGCCGGAAGACUAUACCUUGAUCAGGUUAAAACGUUAAGUUAUGAUGUCGUCGAGCAAUUUUGUACGCUCAUUUCCAGCCAUCUUGUAGCCUUGGAUUGUCAAAGUGAAUGCCCAGAUGAAUGCAAGGAAGCUGUCUCAUCUUUGGUAUAUGCAGCUGCAAGAUUUGGUGAUUUGCCCGAACUACAUGCUCUAAGAAGUUUAUUUUCUGAGAAAUAUGGGGACACCCUUAAAUCUUAUGACUUUUUUGUGAAUAAAGAGUUUGUUAAUUUGUUGGAGCCAGACCGUCCCACAAAGGAGAUGAAGGUUCAUUUGAUGCAAGAGAUUGCAUCAGAACACGGUAUAGAAUGGGAUUCUAAGUCAUUAGAACAUCAACUGGACAAACCCCCCAUAUCACUACAUGAUUGGUCCCAAAAUGCUUAUAGUGAUCAAGACAAUGAGUAUCGAAUAACUGACCAUGAAAAUAGUUGGUUGGUGAACAUUCAAGAAUCACGAAAUGAAGAUACAAAUGAUCCAGCUAUAGCAAAAACAAACAACAGGGCAAGUUCUGAAAUUGAAAAGCAAACAGAAACUAUGCGUCAACGUAUUUUGGAUUUCUUGUCAAGAGCCACUAGUUUCCACUCUACUAGCCGAGAAACUACAACGAGUCCAGAAGAAAGUUCAAGCUCAAGUUCCACUGAUGAUUCAACUAAAUCAAAACCAUUCUUUGGAUUCAGGCUCAUGCCACCGCCUUACAUUAGAAACGAUCCUAACAAAAAGGAAAGAAAUUCUAACCCCUCUCCAAAUUCCACUAAAGCCAAACAAAGACAUCAUAGAAACAAAGAAAACCUACAAGCUUCAAAUGAUCCAAAUAUCGAGAUUUUGGACAAUGAGAAAGCUCCUGCUCCACAUGGUUUGAUGAACCUACGACGAAGAAAGGGCGCGAGAUCACAUUCAAUAGACAUUUUGCCAAAUUCAACAAUGCCCAAAGGGCAUACAAGGACGGGUUCAUACCAACCUGAUUUGACAAGGAGUCAUCCAAUAAGACCUGUUCAUCCUAAACUUCCUGAUUAUGAUGAUAUUAUAGCCCGAUUCGCAGCUCUAAGAGCAAAAUCUUGAGAGCAUAUUAUAGCAUGGCGACACUUGUAUAUAAAUAAUCCAUACAAUUCUAUAGAAGUAUUAUAUGUUGUAACUAAACUUGUAAGUCCAAGGGUCAGCUUGUUAUUAGUCAAGACUCGUUUAUUGUAUAAUAUUGUAUAAUAUAAGGGUUAGAUGCGUCAAAGUCAAACUUGGUAACCACCACGUUUGAAGUAUCAAUAUUUGUAUCCCCAAUCGACAUCACUAAGGGGUUUGGCGGUUUGAAGGGGCACCACAACUAGAUCCCUCAUCUUGUAUUAAUUAAUUUAUAAAUUGA